GUUGGAGUACUGGACCCUGACAUGACUCGCUCGAUCGUCCGUUGCGGGGUUUGCGGGGUGAGGUCUUGAACGCGCAGCCGUGGCUGGAUGCCGGGAACCAUCUUCCUCAUGGCUCGCGGCUGACCUUUCCCGCCUCUUGCAGUGUGAUCCAAUGCUGGGAGAAGCGUAUACAAUGCGCCUGCCAGGCACCGUACGCGCCCAUCGUUCUCUCUCUGGUUCCAGAUUGUCUAGUAAUCGCCCAUUUCAGCCGCCGUGAUGAGUUCCAAAACCAUGUUUGCGCAACAGUAUGAUGCGCGCGAUAACAAGCUUCAUCUCAAUCAGGUCCCAAUACCAGAGCCUCGCGAGCAUGAACUGCUUGUUAAAAUAAAGAAUGCCUCCCUCUGCCACUCCGAUGUCAUGUUGUUCGAGCCCAACGAUCAGGGCCUCAUACUCGGACAGAACCCCGUUACCAUCGGACACGAAGCCACCGGGACAGUUGUGGGCCGUGGAUCAGGUGAGGCGGCGAAUAAGUUCAAGGAUGGGGACAAUGUCGGCUUUCUUUGUGCCGUAGAAUGCUGCUUUGAUUGUGUAAAUUGCAGGACUGUUCACAACUCCUGGUGCGUCACGGGUAAAACGAAGAUGCAGGGUUUUUCGCUGGACGGGUACUUUCAAGAGUACGCUGUUGUGGAUGCACGCGCUGCGAUGGUCUUGCCCGAAGGACUUGACGUUAACACGGCGGCUCCGCUUUUCUGCGCAGGUGUGACUGCCUUCCAUGGAAUUCAAGACUGCGAACUCGAUCCUGGACAGUGGGUUGCUGUCAUAGGAUGCGGUGGCCUAGGGCACCUAGGCAUCCAGUAUGCAAAGGCAAUGGGUCUCAAAGUCAUCGGACUGGAUAUCGCUGACCAAGCUCUUGAGGAAGCAAAGACUUGCGGCGCCGACCACGUUUUCAACUCAAUCAAGGACAAGGAUUGGAAGGACAAGGUUCUGGAAAUCACAGGUGGAGGCGUCGACGCGGCAGUAAACUUCACCGCGUCUAAGAAGUCUUACGACGAUUGCCCUGCAAUCAUCAAACCAGGGCAGGGUCUGCUGAUGGUUGUGGGCAUCCCUCGAGACCCGCUGCAACUCAAUGCCUUGGACAUUGCUCUCGGUCGAUAUCGGGUGAAAGGAUCCAACAACGGAACCUGUUACAACAUGCGUCCGGCUAUCGAGUUCAGCGCGAAGCACAACAUUCAACCGCACCAGACACUUUUCAAGUUGGAGGAGCUGCCGAAGAUGAUUGAAUUGAUGAAUUCGCAUAAAGCACAGGGCCGUAUGGGCGUUGUCUUUGAGGGGAAAUGAGCAAUUUGUAGAGUGUGCGCGGUGAUACCAAUGUUGGCGUGCGCGAAGUUUUGUUCGGAACGUUACG